AUGAGAACCGGGAAUAAAGGUGGAUUGCUUGAGCAUCGAAUACGUUAUAUUAUUUUGUUGCUUGGAUGGAUAUGUUUGGCUUCAAUAUUUUCCAAUACAAUUAUUCUCUACUUCACAUUCAUAUGCAUGAGUGGGCCAGUUUCGAAUAAUCAAACAAGUGACACUGUCACGAUUGUCAAAAGCAUUUCACGAAAUUUAAAUUAUGAUCAACGAGAAAAGUCAACAUUGCUUUGGGCUCUUGGUCUUGGCACCUUUAUUGGUGUUUGGCCCUUUAAUUACUUGUAUCUUCAUUUUGGUGCUCGAUAUGUUUUCUUUGGAGCUGGUUUAUUAUCUGCUUUCUCCACAGCUCUCAUUCCAACAACCGCGUACAUGAGUCUUACCUGGUUUGCUAUAGUUAGAGUUUUUCAGGGUAUAGCAUAUGCUGCUGAUUUUGCAGCAAUUGGAAUUAUAACUGUUCGUUGGGCAUCAUUAAAACAGAAUGGUCUAUUCAUAGCAGUGCUAACAAGCUUUAAUAGUCUUUCCACAAUUGUCACGAAUUCUGUUUCUGGCUUGAAAUGCAAAUCUAAUUACUUUUUAAAUUUCAAUUCAAACAUCUCUCAAUUUGCUCAAUUUUCGCUAUGUGAGUCAUCUUUGGGCUGGCCAGCGGUAUAUUAUAUGCACUCAGCAUUUGGUUUGUUCAUAUUCAUUGUUUGGCUUUCUUUUUAUCGAGAUCAACCGGAAAUGCACAAAAAUAUUUCAGAAAUAGAGUUGGAAAAAAUAUAUAGAGAGAAAUCGAAUGGUUAUAGAAGCGACAAUAAAAUACCAUAUUUGGCCAUCAUAAAAAAUCCAGUAAUUUUAACCGUUUGGUUCAAUGCAUUUGUGGAAAUUGUUUCUGGACUAUUUUUGCUUAGUUAUGGACCAACUUAUUUGAAAUUUGUCUUGAAGUUCAGGUUUGCCUUUUUCAGUAUUGAAGGAACAGGAUUUUUGGUUGCUUUGCAAGGGUUAUCAUUUUUACCUGUCCGUAUCAUAGCUGGCUUCAUGAGUGAUAAGAUCAAGUGUAUGAAAGAGUAUCAAAAAAUGGUCCUCUUUAAUUCCUUAUCUUUAGUUGGGGCCGGCGUAUUGUAUAGUAUUCUUGGUUUUAUCCCAAUCAAUUAUCCUGUGACAUCUGUAAUUGUCAUCGCUGCAACUCAUGCUGUCAUGGCAUUUAACGUUGGAGGGUUUUACAAAUGCGGCACAUUUGUAGCUCGACAAUAUAGCCACUUUGUAAUUUCAAAUAUACAAUUUAUCAAGUGUUUCGCUUUAUUUAUAUCACCAUUAUUCGUUGCAAUAUUUGUAAGCGAAGAUUCGGCGCAGGAACAAUGGCGAAUCAUAUUCAUAAUUAUGGCUAUCUCUUUGCUCGUUGCUAAUAUUAUAUUCUGCUUCCUGGCAACAGAUAAAGCAGGCAAAUUCACAAUCCUCCCAUCAACCGAAAAGAAGCAAACAAUUUGUAUUGCGACAGUUUCUUGA